GAGCUUCAUUUCUCAGUCGGAAGCAGAAUGAAUUACUCAAAACUGGAUUAUAUUCGCUGGAUGAGCUGCAUCCUCCUGCUACUGCUGGUGGCCAUUACAGCCGAGGCAGCUUCAUUGUGGCAACUGCCCAAGCAGGAGCAAGUCUACAAAGAUUUGGGUAUGUGCCGGCAGGCUACCCAAGACGAGGAGGCAGCCACUCUGAGGUGUUUGGUUAAGUCCCUGGGCCUCUGGACCGACGAUAGUGGCUACCAGGCGAGGCGCAUAGCCAAGAUCUUUGCAGGGCACAACCAAAUGGAGGAACUGAUGCUGGUGGUGAACUACUGCAACCGGAGGGAAGAGCAGAGGACUCAACCGGAUGAGUGGGCUUUAAGGGCCUACAGGUGUGCCACUUCCGGUAGAUUCGGACAUUGGGUCAGGGAUUUCAUGAAGCCAAAGGGGGAAGUAAAUUAGUUGUAUUUUAUACUUAAUUCCUAAUGUUAAUUUUAGUAUAUUUAAUAGAAAAAUAAAUGGUAUUUGUAAAAAAAAAAUAAAC